AUGGACAUCGUUCUGGAAAUCGUUGACACUCUCCUCCUCGAUCGUGUCUAUGCCACACUAUUACCUGCCAGUCCAUCGUCUUACCUUCAACAGAAGUUCAACAAUGCCACAACUUCUACGUUCUCGAGUUUGCGGGAAAGCGCGACCGCUGCACCUCAAUAUACAUACAUCUAUGAACCCGCUUCGCGCUUUGUCAGUUUGGACCCGACGGAGUGGACAUACAGAAGCUCAUGGCCUCGCGACAACAUCUUCAGACAAGGGAUUAGCCUGUUCUUCAUAGUUUGGUUUUUUGGGCUCGUCCUCUACUUUCUCUGCGCCUCGCUUUCGUACUUCUUUGUCUUUGACAAAGCGACCUUUAAACAUCCCAAAUACUUGAAGAAUCAGGUCCGCAUGGAGAUCGCCCAAGCCAAUCGCGCCAUGCCGCUCAUGUCCCUGUUAACCGCAGCCUGCAUGCUUGCUGAAGUGCGAGGCUACUCUAAACUCUACGAUCUUCCUAGCGAUGCUCCUUUUGGAUGGUACAACGUCCUCCAGUUUCCCUUCUUCGUCCUCUUCACCGAUUUCGGCAUCUACUGGAUUCAUCGAGGGCUGCACCAUCCGCUGGUCUACAAAACUCUCCACAAGCCGCACCACAAAUGGAUUGUCCCAACGCCUUACGCUUCGCACGCUUUCCAUCCUCUCGAUGGCUUCGCCCAAUCCAUCCCGUACCACGUUUACCCUUUUCUGUUCCCGUUGCAAAAAUUCGCCUACAUCGCCCUCUUCGUCUUCAUCAACAUUUGGACCAUCUUCAUCCAUGACGGCGAAUACUACUCCAAUUCUCCCUUGAUCAACGGCGCUGCGUGCCAUACCAUGCAUCAUCUUACGUUCAAGGUCAAUUUCGGGCAGUUUACCACGCUGUGGGAUCGACUGGGGGGUAGCUAUCGGAAGCCAGAUGAAGAGUUGUUUAGACAGGAGACCAAGAUGGGGAAGCAGCAGUGGGAAAAGCAGAGUCGAGAGAUGGAAAAUAUCGUAAAAGAAGUUGAGGGGAGCGAUGACCGGAGUUAUUUGGCCGAUGAUGUUAAAAAGAUUCAGUGA